GUGCGGGUGGCAAAGUCACAGACAGUAGCAGCCGCGACCUGUCUGCGUAUCAAGUACAGAAAAUAUUGCCAACUGCGCUAUCCCAUACCGUGCCGUACAAGCGUCGUUAGGAACAGCCCACCGUCGCUUCUUGACAUGUUGGCUAGAUGUACGGCCGCGAUCACAGUAUGGCGAUUGUGAAACUUUCAUUUAUCAUACCUUGUCAUGCGUUGAAGAAGUGGAGGCAGGUUUUGGAUAUAGAGAGCAAAGUCGACACAUUGGUGUGUACGUGAGCAUUCAACGCCCCUGCUUUGAGACUGUUACCUAUGGCCGUCCAAAGCACUCUGUCUGGUGUUGUGAAUACCUCUGGAGUAUUGCCUGGAAAUAUCUUUGACAGAUUCUUCCACUCGUUCACGAAGCACACAUAUACCCUGUACCUCUUUACCAAAUCUGAUAUCAGGACGACCUUGAUUCCAAUAACAUGUUUCGCGCUGGCAGCUGCGCCCGACCUGCAGUUGGGUCAUAUUCUUCACUCAGUCUGUUGGAUUUGGAUUCAUUUGCUUCAAUUCGAUGUCUCCAACCAAACACUAAGUGAGGAAGAGGACAAGCAGAACAAGAGCGAUCGUCCGCUGCCAGCGGGAAGAAUGACUCUUCGCAACGCUCUUAUCUUCAGAUGGAUCCUUGUCCCCGUCUGCUGGUUAUAUUCCCUUUGCUACAGCGUUGAGACAUUCUACGCGAGUGUCGCCCUCGUCGCCCUGACUUACAUUUACGAUGAGAUGGGAGCUCACUCUGGCCACUGGAUUGUUCGAAAUGUCGUGAACGCAUGUGGUUUCGCUUCUUUUGAAAUGGGUGCCACCCUUGUAGCGACGCGCGACAGGACGUAUCUUGAUGGUGUGGCAAUCCUUGCCAUAUGUUGCAGCGCAGGAAUAUUUGCCACCACAAUUCAUACCCAAGACUUUAAGGACGUGGUCGGCGAUGCUGCCGUUGGCCGUCGUACCCUUCCUAUUACUCAACCUGAAUUUGCUCGUUUCACAGUGCCCGUGGUGCUGACGCUGUGGUCCAUCGGGCUCGGUUUCACGUGGGAAUUGGGCUGGUACACUUCUUUCACAUUCUUGGCAUUAGCCAUCGUAACCAGUUGGCGCUUCUUUUUCCUCCGAUCGAUUCGGCAAGAUCAGAUUACUUUCUAUUAUUGGUACAAUAUCUGGCUCUCAGCUGCUCACGCACUUCCUGGAUAUUACAGGCAUUUUCGUGCUUGAUGCCCCAUAGUUUGGAAGCGAGACGAUGAUUUGAAUUAUCUAAAUGAUAUUUAGAAGGUGCUGCGUAAUGUCUCGUUUGCUCUUACAUCUAUGUUUGACAAUUGGAGUGGGUUCGGCUAUCUAU